CCGGCUGGGCGGGGGGGGGAGGAAGGGGCGGGGCAGAGAGCCCCUCCACCCGGAGCGUGGAGUCGCGGCUGGGACGCGGCUGGGCGCUCUGGCGACGCUGAGCUUGGCAGCUUCUCCCGGCAGACCCCUCCCGAACCGGCGAUGGAGUUCCCGGACCUGGGGGCGCACUGCUCGGAGCCCAGCUGUCAGCGCCUGGAUUUCCUGCCACUCAAGUGCGACGCCUGCUCGGGCAUCUUCUGCGCGGACCAUGUGGCUUACGCCCAGCAUCACUGUGGCUCUGCUUACCGAAAGGAUAUCCAAGUACCUGUGUGCCCCCUCUGUAAUGUGCCUGUGCCUGUGGCCAAGGGGGACUCCCCGGACCGUGCUGUGGGGGAGCACAUUGACCGAGACUGUCGUUCGGACCCAGCGCAGCAGAAACGGAAGAUCUUCACCAAUAAGUGUGAGCGUGCUGGCUGUCGGCAGCGGGAAAUGAUGAAACUGACCUGUGAUCGCUGUGGCCGAAACUUCUGCAUCAAGCACCGUCAUCCACUGGACCACGAUUGCUCUGGGGAGACACAUCCAACCAGUAGGGCAGGACUUGCUGCCAUCUCCAGAGCACAGAGUCAGGCUUCUUCCAGCACCUUCUCCAGCCCAAGUAGGACCUUGCCCUCAUCUACCUCUCCCAGCAGUAGGACAGCAGCCCAGUCUCCAUCCCGGACAGCGUCUCCAGUGGUUGCUCUGCAGAAUGGCUUGACUGAGGAUGAGGCUCUGCAGCGAGCUCUGGAACUAUCCCUGGAAGAGACCAAACUCCCAGUCCCCAGCUCUCAGGAGGAGGAAGACUUAGCUUUAGCACAAGCACUGUCAGCCAGUGAGGCAGAAUACCAACGGCAGCAGGCUCAAAGCCGCAGCUUGAAGCCGACCAACUGCAGCCUGUGCUAGGGCCGUGGGCUUGGGGAGGGAGGCUCGGCUGAGGAGGACUGUGGCCCUCACCUCUAGGGUCCACAGAGAGAGGAGGCCCCGAGAAGCCUGGUGUGAAGAUGAGCAGGAGUGACCGGAGGCCCUGCUGGGGGACAUUGGAAGCAGAGGCUUGUGGAGCUGAGCGCAUGGGGGGCCUGCUGGCCUCUAGCUGCAGGGGGGAAUCAUUGAGGGGACCAGCCAGGCCCCACUCGGCGCCCCUGCCUAUUAUCCUCUACGGGGGCCUGUUCCUGUGUAUUGGGGGCCAGGAGGGGCCUGGAAAGAAUAAAGAAUCUUGGCAGUC